AUGGCAGAUAGAAAGACAAGCACAACGGACUCACAUAGCUCGCCUACCAUAGAACUCAUGAGACUGGACGACAAGCACAUCCACGAGUCCAAGUCACCACAAAACACUCAUGCCAAAACACAGCAUGAAUUACAAACACCCAUCAACAACGAUGACCUCGAAAGCACAUCCACAUCAACCACAUCAACCACAUCACCACCACCAUCAUCAGACCCAACAGCCCUCCAACACUGGAACAAACCCCGCGGCAACAUUGCCCGCUUCGCCGCCUCCUUCUACGCCAUGUUCGUCUUCGGCCUCAGCGACGCUGCCUACGGCGCCCUCCUCCCCUACCUCGAACAAUACUACAACCUCUCCUACACCGUCGUCUCCCUAAUCUUCCUCUGCCCCUUCGCCGGCUACGCCAUCGCGGCCUUCACAAACUCCUGGUUCCACCAUAAAUUCGGGCAGAGGGGGAUCGCGCUCGUUGCUCCGGGGUGUCACGUCGUCGCGUAUAUCGUGUUAUCGCUGCAUUUGCCGUGGCCGGUCGUUGUGUCGUUUACGUGUCUUGCGGGAUUUGGGAAUGGGCUGAUUGAUGCGGCGUGGAGUAGCUGGGCGGGACAUAUGGAGGCUGGGAAUAUCUUGGAGGGCUCAUUGCAUGCGUUUUAUGCGUUGGGGUGUACGUUUUCGCCGUUGAUUGCGACGAGUUUGGUGGUGAGACGGGGGGUGCCGUGGUAUUAUUUCUAUUACAUGUUGACGGGGUUGUCUUUUGUUGCGCUGAUUACUUCGACGAGUACGUUUUGGUCGAAGACGGGGGCGGUGUAUGUUAGGGAGCAUCCGAGGGUGCCUGGGCAGAGUAGUACGAAGUUGGCGUUGAAGAAUAGGGUGACUUGGUUGUGUUGUGCGUUCUUUUUGAUUUAUGUUGGGGCUGAGGUGGCGCUGGGUGGUUGGAUUGUUUCGUUCAUGUUGCAUGUGAGAAGGGCGACGCCGUAUGCUUCGGGGAUUAUUGGUACGGGAUUCUGGGCUGGCAUGACUGUUGGCCGGAGUCUGCUUGGAGUUGUCACGCACAGUCUCAUCACGUAUACGAAUCAGCCUCACAAGUCUGGCUUAUUCCAUCGACUACGGCUCACGGAACGCUCGGUUGUCACUGUGUAUAUUGUCUGCGCUAUCGGUCUAGAACUGCUAUUUUGGCUCGUGCCUUCAAUCACAGCCUCUGCGGUUGCAGUUGCGUUCCUGGGUAUGUUUUUGGGACCCAUCUUCCCAAGUGGGAUCAUCAUGGCGACGAAACUGCUGUCGAACCAUUUGCAUAUUCCGAGUGUGGGCUUCAGUACUGCGCUGGGAGGUACAGGAGGUGCCAUCUUUCCAUUUGCUGUAGGUGCGAUUGCACAGGAGAAAGGUGUACAGGUACUACAGCCUGUUGUUCUUUCCAUGUUGGUUGUUUUGCUGCUGGUAUGGUUGUGCUUUCCGAGGUUGAAAGUCCACGAUAGAGCAGAAUGA